CUGAUUUUUAUGGAAAAGGAAAAAUGAAAAACACCCCAUUCAUUUUCCAUGCCGGCCUGAACUUUUUUUUUUCUUUUUUGUGUAUGAUAGGGGUGCCAUCUACAAAGAUGGUAAGCUUUGUGUUUAAAUCACUUCAUGAACAGUUCACAGAAUCGGAAAUCAAAGACUUCGACGAUUUCCAUGCUGCUAUCCUUGAGAUCUUGAAUGUUAUUAACUCAGCAUUGCCUGGUAAACAUUGUGAUACUCCUGCUCGUAGUGAAGUAGAGAAAUGUUUUGAAGAAUGGAAAAACGAACAAGAGCCAGCUAAAAAGAAGGAAGUGUUUAUUCAAUUUAUUAAGAAAAUAAAGCUCAGCAAGCUGGAUAACACUACUAUUAUGACUGGAAUAAUAACCCCUCCAGCAGCCAUGGCGGCUAAGAAAGCAGGAGAAAUUUUGCCUCAACUGAGUUUGAUUAAGGGUAUUCCUGAUGUUGUUUUUGUUCCAUCAGUGACCGUGAUUGCCCUUGUCAUUUCCAAACUCUCUAGAAGGCUUUACAUGCGAAGCGUGAAGUCCCAAACCAGCCAAUCCAGGUCUUUUGAUGGGGAUAAGAUCAAAGACCAUGAACCCCCAUCAAAGGGCCUUGAACCCCCAUCAAAAGCGCCUGUGGCAGAGGAAAUCACACCUCCUUGUCCUCCAAAUUGAAAAAAAAAAAAAAAAAAAAGAAGAAACUUGUGAUUCUUCCAGUCAAGCUCAUAUAACAAUAUAAAAAAUGUUGAUUUCCCAGGUUUUAUACUAUAAAUUUGUAAUUUACAUCAGUUGGCACCCUGAACAAUAGCAUGCAUGUAGGCGUAAUGUUAUCCAAUAAGUCAACUAUUGGCUGAAAAGAGCUUUUCAUUUCAAAAAGCGUCUUGAUUGCCUCAGAUGCUGACGAAGCUUGUUUUCACAU